AUGGCUAAUAAUGGUAAAGGACGCUGCGGUAUUUGCGACAAUUUCAGCCCCGAUCCCGGCAAAAGGCAUUCUAUUAAUUUCGCCAUCGACGGAAGCAAUAGGUGGUGGCAAAGUCCCGCUCUAUAUUACGGCCCUCAUUACGAAUACGUCACUAUCACUAUUGAUCUGAAACAGGUUUACCAAAUUGCGUACGUAAUUAUGAAAAUGGGAAAUUCACCUCGACCUGGUUCUUGGAUUUUAGAACGAUCCUUUGACGGCGAAUAUUACGAGGUCUGGCAGUAUUUUGCGAGGACCGACAAAGAGUGCCUAGAACGUUUCGGAAUUCCAGCUACUAAAGGAAAACCACAUUACGUUACCGACAACGAAGUGAUAUGCACUUCUUUUUAUUCCAAGUUAACUCCGAUGGAAAACGGAGAGAUACAUACCUCUUUAAUCCAAGGAAGACCAGGUGCGAAUGAAACGAGUCCAGAACUUUCAGAAUUUACUAAAGCACGUUUCGUUCGUAUACGUUUAAUUGGAUUACGAGGCACACAAGAGCCGAUCCCGCGUUGGCUGGCUCAAGACAUUUGGAAGGAUAAGAAGCUCUUCUACUCGAUUAAAGACAUCAGCAUAGGAGGACAAUGUGUGUGUAAUGGUCACGCCGAAAAUUGCAGACAUAACGUCGCUUCUGGGCAUCCAGAAUGUGAAUGUAGCCACCAUACAUGUGGACCGAACUGUGACAGAUGUUGUCCAAUGUAUAAUCAACAUCAGUGGGGUCCAGGUUCCGCAAGAGAUGCUAGACAAUGUUUAGCAUGCAACUGCCAUGGUCAUAGUUCAAGUUGUCAUUAUGAAGAAGAGGUCGAUAGAGCUGGAUUGAGCAUGGAUGCUCAUGGAACAUAUCAAGGGGGAGGAGUAUGUGAUAAUUGUACAGAUUUCACAACAGGAAUAAACUGCGAAAAAUGCCUUCCUGGCUAUUAUCGACCAGCAAACACUCUUCCAGAUGCGGAAACACCUUGUGUACAGUGUGAUUGUGAUCCCGCUGGAUCAGGAAGUACUUGUAUACAAUAUGGAGAGCAAGCGGGAGCUUGUCAGUGUAGAGAUGGGUACACCGGAGAAAGAUGCGUAGCCUGUGCAGUAGGUUAUACGGGAUUCCCCGACUGUCAGCCUUGUCCUUGUGAUAUUAAAGGAGUCAAUACUAUAGAUAAUUGUGAAGUAGGAGCAUGUAGAAGGUAA